AUGGGGGUUCCGCAGCUACCUCCCCGACUCAAACAGUCUCUGGAAGAUACCACCGUGUCAUAUCGUCAACUCGGCAAAUCGGGACUUCGGGUAUCCGUGCCGAUCCUCGGCUGUAUGGGCUUCGGUGAUCCCCAGGCCAUACCGUGGGCACUUGACGAGGAUGAGGCACUGCCGCUUCUCAAAGCAGCAUAUGACAGAGGUCUGAAUACAUGGGAUACGGCAAAUUCGUACUCCAAUGGUAAAUCCGAGGAAAUCAUCGGCAAAGCCAUCAGCCACUACGGUAUCCCACGUGAAAAAGUGGUGAUCCUUACCAAGUGUAAUUUCGCUGUCGGAGAAAGCGCCGAGGAGCAACAAUUCGCCUUCUACGCCGAGUUCAAUAGGUCCAAGGACUAUCAGAACCAGUUCGGCCUCUCGCGGACAGCCAUUUUUAAUCAGGUAGAUGCAUCGCUGAAGCGCCUGGGUACCACGUACAUCGACUUGUUGCAGAUCCACAGAUUCGACAGCUCCGUGCCCAUGGAGGAGACGAUGAAAGCUUUAGAUGAUCUGGUACGGUCGGGUAAAGUUCGCUACAUUGGCGCGAGCAGCAUGUGGGCAACCCAGUUCGCGCAGCUGCAGUUCUGCGCCGAGAAGAACGGCUGGACCCAGUUUGUGAGCAUGCAGAACCAGUAUAAUCUUCUCUACCGCGAAGAAGAGCGUGAGAUGAUACGUUUCUGCAAUGAAACUGGAGUAGGCCUCAUUCCCUGGGCUCCUUUGAGCAGGGGCCGACUUGCGCGGUCUACAGCCAUUCAAACGGGAAGGGCCCUUGCCGACACUGCGGCUACGACCGGGGGACACGGUACUUCGGAUGUUGACCUGCAGAUCAUCGGUCGUGUCGCAGAUAUUGCCACCAGCCGGGCUUGGCCAAUGGCACAUGUUGCACUUGCUUGGCUCAACAAAAGGGUAACUAGCCCCAUAGUUGGGUGUAGUAGCAUUGAGCGCCUCGACGAGGUGGUGGCAAGCAAUGGCAGGGAACUGACGGACGACGAGGAGAGACUGCUUGAAGAGUUGUACCAGCCCAAGCCCACUUGGGGUCAUCUCUGA